CACCCCCCUCCUUCCCCACGAUGCUCCUCCCCUAAACAACUUAACCUCCCCCCCUCCUCCCAAUUUCUGAUCUAUACCGGAGUCGUCAUGCAUUGAUCGGCGUCUUAUCUGGGCGAUUAUGCUACCCGGACGGUCUGCCGUGAAUUUGCAGGGAGCCGAGACAGCUGAGCACGGGAGCCAGCCCUGAGUGGCGGAGAACAAGAGCAUGUCUCAUCCUGGCGAGCAGCUGCUGUCGGCCUGAAGCAAGGAUGAGGCCACGGGAGAAGGCAGCUGCCCCGGCACCCUCCGAGAGCCCCUGCUCCUGCAGAGCCAUGUCCCGACCCCAGCGGGCUGCACGGCGCUCCGGGCAGCUUUGAAGUUAGAGGAGGCAGUUGUGUUUAGAAAGGCAAGAGAUGAACUGAAGAUUAAACAUGUAUGGGAAUUAUCCUCACUUCAUUAAGUUUCCUGCGGGCUUUGGCAAUUCCCCUGUUCACGCCAGCUCCACAUCUGUGAGCCCAUCGUCAAGCCUUUCCACAGGAAAUUCAGUGGAGGGGCACCACAACUACCUCGAGGCCCCUGCGAACGCCUCCCGGGCGCUGCCGUCCCCCAUGAAUGCGAUCGGGUCUCCGGUGAACGCGCUGGGCUCGCCAUACAGGGUCAUUGCGUCCUCCAUCGGCUCACACCCCGUUGCUCUGUCCUCAGCCCCAGGCAUGAAUUUUGUGACACACGCCAGUCCGCAGCUCAACGUCCUGAACAAUGUCAACAGCUUGGAGGACGUAAAGCCCUUGCCGGGUCUCCCGGGGAUCGGGAACAUGAAUUAUCCAUCCACAAGCCCAGGUUCCUUAGCCAAACACAUCUGUGCCAUCUGUGGGGACAGGUCCUCAGGGAAGCACUAUGGGGUAUACAGCUGUGAGGGCUGCAAAGGCUUCUUCAAGAGGACGAUCCGGAAGGACCUGAUCUACACCUGCCGCGACAACAAGGACUGCCUCAUAGACAAGCGCCAACGCAACCGCUGCCAGUACUGCCGCUAUCAGAAGUGCCUCGCAAUGGGGAUGAAGAGGGAAGCUGUGCAGGAGGAGAGGCAGAGGAGCAGGGAGCGUAGCGAGAAUGAGGCUGAAUCCACAAGCAGUGGCAGCGAGGACAUGCCGGUGGAGAGGAUCCUGGAAGCUGAGCUGGCAGUCGAACCCAAGACGGAGGCGUACAGCGACGUGACCACAGAGAGCUCAACAAAUGACCCUGUCACCAACAUAUGCCAUGCAGCUGACAAGCAGCUCUUCACACUCGUCGAGUGGGCCAAGCGAAUCCCCCACUUCUCCGACCUGACGCUGGAAGACCAAGUCAUUCUCCUCCGGGCAGGCUGGAAUGAGCUGCUCAUUGCCUCUUUCUCCCAUCGCUCUGUGUCAGUGCAAGACGGUAUCCUUCUGGCCACGGGCUUGCAUGUGCACCGCAGCAGUGCUCACAGUGCUGGUGUGGGCUCCAUCUUUGACAGAGUUUUGACAGAGCUGGUGUCCAAAAUGAAAGACAUGCAGAUGGAUAAGUCAGAGCUGGGGUGUCUGCGAGCCAUUGUCCUGUUUAACCCAGAUGCCAAGGGUUUGUCCAGCCCCUCAGAAGUGGAGUCGCUGAGGGAGAAGGUCUAUGCCACACUGGAAGCCUACACGAAGCAGAAGUACCCGGAGCAGCCAGGGCGGUUUGCCAAACUCCUCCUGCGCCUGCCGGCGCUGCGGUCCAUCGGGCUGAAGUGCCUGGAGCACCUCUUCUUCUUCAAGCUCAUCGGGGACACCCCCAUCGACACCUUCCUCAUGGAGAUGCUGGAGACACCCCUGCAGGUCACUUGAGGGUCUGGCUCCUCUCUGGCCAGACCCUGGCCCCCCCGUGCCCCUGCACAGCCUCCUACCCCUCUGCUCUGAGCCUGCAAGAGCUCGAGAGAUGUCCUCCACCCUCCGCUCCUCCUCGGUGGGAUUGUCGUGUUUUGUACAGCUGUAAAUCACCCCCUCUAACCCUCCCCUCCCUGGCCUGGCUGUGGGGGGUCACAGAUCCUCUGACCAGCUAACUAUUCCCCUGCCCCCCUGUACAGAUAAUUGCUUUAAAUUAUUUUUUCACUCUCAAUAAAAGCCAACAAAACAAAUAAAAUAAUAUGAGAGGCACUGA